ACGACAACGAGCGCGCUAUCGCGAGAGAGAGCCUCGGGGCGCCGCACGCCGACGGACGGAGCGGCGUUGCCACCUCUCUUCGCCCGCUGCACCGCGAGAAGCGAUACGGCAACCAAGAACACCGUCGUUGCCACGUCCGCUGCUACGUUCCGCUGCCAGCCGGGACGGCAGCUCGCUGGCCACGGCGACCAUCUCUCUCGCUGCGCUGCUGUUUCAGAACCGAGUAGCGACAUGGAGGCGACGGAGAGGGAGAAGCCGCUGGUUAAAGACUUGAACGAACAUAUCGUGUGUCCUCUCUGCAGAGGCUACCUCAUAGAUGCAACGACUCUCGUGGAAUGCCUGCAUUCUUUUUGCAGAGGUUGUAUAGUCAGACGAUUGAGUAGCGGUGCCAGAGCGUGUCCCGUAUGCAGUGUCGCAACGUCUCCGCCACUUUUGCCGGACGUAAAGCUGCAACGACUGGUGUAUCUCGUGGUACCCGGCCUCUUCCGGUCGGAGCUCGAACGAAGGCGUCAUUUCCGGCUGGUCAAUCCACAAUGCCCACCUUUAGCCCUACCUUUGGGUGCUCUGGACUUAACCUUGGACGAUUUUGUCAGCCUGAGCUUGUGCGAGCUCGACGAACCGGAAGAAGAGGAACCCGCUCACGAACCGGAAAACCGUGCCGGGUCACGACACCGAACGAACGCCGAUCAAACGAAACAGGAAGACGCGAUUCAGAUUAGAAACACGCGGUAUCUCAAAUGUCCGGCAGGAGUGACGGUUCGGCACCUGGUGCGAUUGCUGAUGCUGAAGAGAGGAUGGGAGGAAGCGAACGGGGUAAAUGUCAACAAGAUCGAGAUGCUGUGCGAGAGGAACAACGAGCAUCGACGCGAUAACGCCAAGACGAUGGUACUGGACCACUCUUGGACUCUGAUGGAUCUUGCCUGCAUAUUCGGCUGGAAAAGAGAAGCACCUAUGAAGCUGUUUUAUCGCGUGGUACGCAAGGAGGAGGUUGUCUCCGUCUCGAGUGUGAGCUCCUUCGACGAUGAACCGGCCAAGGAUACCGCGACGAUGGAAAAUAUUCAAAGGCCGCCGACACCACCGCCGAGUCCUAAGCCUGUUCAAGAAUGCGAAGUCGAGGCUCGUAGAAUUUUAGAAAGUAGCACCGAGCCGCCUCGAUCUUUGAAAACCAAUUUAGAACGCGACAAAGAACCGAAAGCAAAGAAACCCCGAUGCAAAGUUACUCCCGUUAUGAGAACGCCCAAUCUCGUACCGAUACAGACCAAUCACGCACCAGAGAGUUCGAAGACCAAGGAACUGGCGAAAUUGGAGCACCGUAAGCACAGGAAACGACGAAACAAGCGAGUGAUCGCCGAGAUCACCACCACGCCGCGGGAAGAUCUGUUGAAGCUGAAGGUUCGAUUGACCCCGUGUCCACCGAGGGUCACCUCGAGCAGCGGAAGUGGCCAGGCGAAAGAGAAAUUACUGCAAAUGAGAGCCGUUAGAAGAGAAAAGAUCAAAGCCACGACGAUAAGUCAGCAACGAUCGACAGGCGCCCUAAUUCGAGAGGAUGGCGCCAGUACAAAAGAGAACAUCGGCGAGACUAUAGAAGAAGAGACUAUAGAAGAAAUUAUAGACAGCAUACCCGACGAGGUUGUUCGAAUCGCACAAAAUAUAACCACCCAAGUAGAAGAUCCGUCUGUCGCAGCGGAAAGGAUAGAUCAGAGAAACGCGUCUUCGACCGUUAGAUCACCGCCUAAGAAAGAAGAGAUGGAACCGGAGACCGCGAAGAGAGCGGAGCAUGUCGAACCGGCGGAACGUCCGAAGAAAGACGAGGAAAUUCUACGUCGAUUGGGUUUGGUGGCCAUAAACGAGGCCAGCGACAAUUUCCGGGACAAAACGAAGCAACGCGUUCAAAAUAACGGGGAGAAGAUCGAUAAUUUGGACAGAGAGAAACUCGAGAAACAAUUGCGCGAAAGCAAGGCCAAUCGCGUGAGAAGUCUGUUGGCGGAGAAACAGAUGCGCGACGCGUUGAAAACGAUGUCGAAGACAAAAGAGGAGCACCCCGCACCCAUACAGGUCAACACCCCUCCGAAAAAGAAAGGACCACCACCACUGGCGCCACUGCGCGUCGCGAAGCCUUCCGGUUUCGCCGCGUCCAGCGCCAUUUUAGAGCCAAACAACUCCAAAUACGAGAGCCCGUUAGAUCUAAGCAGCGGAGGAACCGUACGCAAUAACGUCCUCGAUCUGUCUGCCAAUUUAUCCACCAGCAACUUCUCUUCGUCACCCUCCUCCUCUUCGUCCUCUUCUCCUUCCUCCUCCUCCUCCUCCUCCUCCUCUUCGUCGUCCUCUUCGCCCUGUUCCGUGUCUUCGUUGACCCCUAGAACGUCACGACCAGCGAUCUCGGCCGGAAGCUUGCUACGCGGCAAGGCCAAAGACUUGGAACAACGACGGGGUCAAGACUCCAAUCUAAUGACACUUUCUGACGCAGCUGUAUCCCUGCUGAGCGGAUGCAUCACCGACGAAAACUCGGUCGAUCCUUUGGUGCUUAGUUCAGCCAAUUUGGCCAGCAAGGUAGCCCUCCGAAUACCGCAGCCUCAUCAGAGAAUCUCCGGUUUCGGAAUGAAAAUCAAACCGAAUCUGAGCAUCAGGCACAUCCCUAAUCCCCAGGCUGUGGUCGCUUCGCAGUACAGGAAUCAAAGAGUCAGUUACUUCAAUACCGCCUCGCAGCAACCACCGUAAGCGUCGUCAUUCUCGAUCGACCACACGCUCCACUUUCCUGUAUCCUCCAUUUCUGUUCAUAACUUCCUAUUAUCAUUACGCGUAAAAAUGCUCCUAUGGAAACGAGAUUCCUAUGUGACCAACCCAAAGGCUGUACGUUACCAUAUAUUUUCUCUCGCUUCCUAUAACGUUUCGUAUAACGCGACGAGUUUCCUGUGGGUGCGAAGACACAUGGUACACCCGGUAGCAUUAACUAGAACGCCAACUUGGGAAGUGAAAGUGGAAGAAUGAUUGCAACAUUUAAUACCGUGAGAGUAAAUGGAACGAAUAUAGGUACUUUUGGAAAUUAAGAAAAUUAGCAAAAGGAAAAAAAAGAAGAAAAGAAAAGAAAGAGAGAAAAAGCGUUGUUUAACCGCGAGACCUUUUUACACUGAAAAAUAGAAGCCGAAAACGAAUUAGUUUCGAGUUGCCGUGUGUCUCUCGCCCUGGAACAAAGAAACGAUAGUGGUAUCCAGUCUGUUGUUACCUAGAUAUAUUAAGCUACGUAUGUUUGUAAUGCAUGUAUGUGUGUCUAUGAUCAACCAUUAAAUUGCAAAUUACACCUACUUCUGCCCGAGCUGAGAAAUUAAUUUACGGAAAGAGUCGGCGCAAUUCGGCGAAUCGCAAUGGCACAAUGCCUGGCAGAGAUAUAUUAGACGUAGUAUAACGUAUGGUUAAGGGUUGUGAAGAUGAGGAUAACGGAUGAAUGGUUAGAAUGGAACACGGUGGAUGGAUGACGGAUAAGCUUUCUUGUCCCCACAUGUUGUCGCUCCUUUUUUAGAACCUUAGAGAAAUAUGUACUUCAUAGAGAUGCCAAAGAACGCCAGAGAACAUGUGCAAUGUAUUAGUGCAAUUUAAUUAUCGUCUAUCAUAACGUAAUAUAUUACAAGCGGUUUAUCGCGACGUAAGGCCGAUUCAAUUUCGCGGCAAGGGAUGUACGUACGAGCCGUUACGGCUGCAUUAUGCUACAUUAUGCGAAUAGCGCGAGUAACGUUACGAGCAACCCCGACGAAAUUGAAUAAGUCGAAGCUACGUGGAGGUUUGCGGAAACAUUUGAAUGUACGCUCGAUUAUUUCCGGUUGGAUCGAGACGUACGGUUGGAUUGGGAGUUAAAAUAUACGUACCACCCGUGCGUAUCUUAUCUAAGGAUGUUUUUAUUUUAUAAAAGUGUAAACUCAUAUCGCUGUUAUUGAUUUAUGAAUGAUAUAUUAUCGUCCGAGAUCGAUGCGAUCGAGCGCCUGGAGACACUGGGAAAAGAGACUAAUAUCGAGUGCGUCGAAAGCUCGUUGUGAAUGAUAUACGAUGACUUUUAAUGCUGUAUCGGAAUUUGUACAAUCGAACAGUACUGCUCCCCCGUGCGUACAAGGACAGCAAUAAAGAUGAACAUGAUUCGAAGGAGAUUUGAAAUAAAAGGUUUACUAGGAAUCCAGAUCCUACUCGAACGAUCAGAAUAAUUCAGUGUUAACGGUAUACAUACAUACAUACGUCGAUCGAGCGUACACGUUGCUUAGAAAGAAUAUGAUAAUUAUGGAAUGAAAGUCAAGGUGGGUAUGCAAGAGUAGAGUUGGAAACAUCUAGUCGAAAUAAACGGAGGAAAGGUGCCAAGGAAUAACGAAAAGGAAUAAUGGAAAGUGUCAAUGCCCGUGAUUCGCGACGAGGUCGGAUGUUUAAAUUAGUUACGAAAUUCGCGUCAAUUAGUUAUGUAAUUGCCCAUCGUCGACAAUGCUUGAGAAAAAAGAAAAGGGAACCACACACGAUUUCGAAUAAGCUAAAAAUCAAAAACUGCCAGUUUAGGAAAACGGGGGUUACAUUAGAGCCACUGCUCGUUAGAAUUUACGGUGAACUAAAAGGGACCCAGAUUUUUACAUGUUAUUUUUCUACGGCCUUUUUAAAUGGAAUCGCGUUACGUUCUACCGUCACGAUCAAUCAUAAUCUAUCUAUCGAUCCACCAAUUACAGGAUACCCACGUUGAACAAGUAGUAAGACGAUGUUCGUUCGAACGGGAUGGUUUACGAAACCAUCUAAUGUAGUAGCCACGAAGACUGCGAAGAUUUUAAUAUCCGAUUUGUUCCAAGAAUGAAUAGCUGCCAUGUAACAUGUACGUAAGUUGUACUUGAAAUAUUAACCCAUUGUUCGAAGCAACACUCGUGUACUUCCUUGUUAACGACACGAACAGUGUCGCCGAUGUAAAUCUUAUCUAAAGUUACAAUUCGAAAAGACUUUAACGCGCAGGUUAUAUACCUGCACCACGACGUGGGAUCAAGAACCCUUUACCAAUUUUGGAUAUACCUUGAGGACAUUUCUUGAAACCAUUGUGCCCAAAAAUUGACGUAUCGUAAUAAGCAUAGAAUGUGAAAAAGAACGAGAGAAAAAUAGACGAAAAUUGUCACGACAGCGAUCGAG